GUAUUGAAAGAAAUGCAAGAAUUUGGAAAACGAAGAGGAUAUAAAUAUAUAACAGCUCAUAUAACAGAAUUAUUAAAAAGCUUUUUUUAUGCUAGUGAUAUUAACAAAAGCGAACGGUAUAGUACAAAAGACAUAUUUAACGCAUUAGAGAAAAGUGCAGAAGCAGGGGAAUUAGAAAAUAGUGAG